UCAUACUACCAUCCCUGGUCAUGGCCUACACAUACACGUGUAUCUGCCAUCAGCUAUGGAUUGUGGUUCAGCAAAGGGCUGGUAUGGUCUGCGGGCGCGACAACUUUGCGGGCAAUGGUAGCACCGAAAUGCGAGAACUUAAUUACAGUGAGAAUCACUCGGAAUAUUCGGCUAACAAUCAGAACCACCAAAACCAAAGACCUCUGCAGCAGAUAUACCACAAUAAGACAGAUGAAGACAGUUCUACUGUGAAACAGGUGACUAUAAUUAAGGUAAUCAAAAUGUUAGUGGCAGUAGUGGUGCUGUUCAUAAUAUGCUGGUCGCCCAUACUCAUCAUUAACGUGUUGACAUCGUUUGGUAUUAUAGACCCAUUAAACUACGGAUAUUUAAAGCCCUUGAGAACAGCUGCCCAUCUAUUAUCGUACGUGAAUUCGUGCAUAAAUCCAGUGGUCUAUGGGUUUAUGUCGAAGAACUUUAGGGCCUCAUUCAAGGCGGCUCUCAGCAAAUGUCUUCACUGCAAAGGUAAUGGAGGUUACGGUCAAAGCAGUUCUAAUCGCAGCUAUACCUCCACGUAUCGCAUCAAUAGCACGACCGCCACCAGAGCUACAACUAUAUGGACUCAACAACAGAUGAACCACUAA